AUGGAAGAUCUUAACUCCUAUGCAGCUGAUUGUGUCGUUGUAUCAUGUUGUUGCAACUGUCUUGUUCUCCAGAUUGCGAUCUUCAUCUUCCUUGGACUUCCUCAAAAGCUGGUCAAGAACACGAGAAAGUGUUAUACAAAAUGGGGAAUAAACCGAAGAAGAAAAAGAAUGGGGCUCGGUUGUGAAUGUCAAGAAAAUAAUGGGGUUGAUUCAGAAUGGAGAAAAGAGAUUAUGAGUAUAAAGAUGGAAGGUUUGGGGUGUAUGGAAGAAGUUGAAAAAGCUUUGGAGGAGUUUUCAAAGAAUGGUGAGUUUUUGUUUGGGAGCUUCUGGGGACAAGAGAGGAUUCAAAAUUCUUCGUCAAUGUCAAGUUGUGUUGAUGACAACUUUGACCUAAGAUUUGUAAGUCGUUAUGAGAUCAUCGAAGAAAAUUUCUACUCCUUAGAUUAUAUAUUUACAACGUCACAUAUUGAAAUUAGUGGAAAAUAA